GGGGAAAAAGUGUCCGGACUGGAAGGGGGGGAAAGUGUCCGGACUGGAAGGGGGGGAAAGUGUCCGGACUGGAAGGGGGUGAAAGUGUCCGGACUGGAAGGGGGUGAAAGUGUCCCGGACUGGAAGGGGGGUGAAAGUGUCCGGACUGGAAGGGGGGAAAGUGUCCGGACUGGAAGGGGGGAAAGUGUCCGGGACUGGAAGGGGGUGAAAGUGUCCGGACUGGAAGGGGGGAAAAGUGUCUGGACUGGAAGGGGGUGGGUGAAAGUGUCCGGACUGGAAGGGGGGGAAAGUGUCCGGACUGGAAGGGGGUGAAAGUGUCCGGACUGGAAGGGGGGUGAAAG